AUUAUUUAGUGUCUGUGGCUGAACUUCAACACACAAUGGCAGAAAAACCCUUGAUAGACUGGGACAGUGGUCUCUUGGAUUGCUUUGAGGAUGCGAGUACUUGCUGCUAUGGUUUCUGGUGCGGCCCCUGCCUCGCCUGCACCGUUGCUGGAAGGUUUGGAGAGAACAACUGUCUCCCUUUGUGUGAUAUGUGCUGUUGUGUUGUGUCGACAGUCUUUGGCCUUCCAAUUUUUCCACCUCCUGCAGUCUUGUCUUUAAGGGCUGCCAUGCGAAACAGAUAUGGCAUCAAGGGCUCUCUCUGUAAGGAUAUUGCAAUUUCCUGUUGCUGCUGCACGUGCUCCUGGUGUCAGAUGCAUCGUGAGUUAAAGCAUCGUAAGCAAGCCCCCACUGUGGUCAACAUACAGAAUAACAACAUUGUGAACAUGCAGCCUGUUCCAGUCAUGCAGGCACCCAUGAUGAUGCCUGUACAACCAGUGCCAGCUGCUUAUAUGGCUCAACCAGCAGUCACUGUGAUCACACAGUGACGAAAUCCGAGUUUGUGUUUAUGUUUCUAUCAGUGAUACGAGACAAUGAAGUCAUUUUGAAUUGAGAGUAUCGUUAAAUAUUUCUAUCAGCUUAGAUGCAUGAGUCGCCUUUUUAGAUUAGUCAGUGCAUAGCUUCAGUAAUAGUCUUAAUUUUUCUGCUAAUGAGAAAAACAUAGUUGCAUGUAGAGAGCUAAACGUGGUGUUAGAUCUGCUCUGAUGUUAAAACUGAUGUAAAGUGUUUUUUCAUCAAUAAAAAUAUGAAAUCCAA